AUAAGAAGAGCAAAAACCGCACUUAUUACAAGCAGCCACAUCACUGCCCUAAAGCUGAUGUCAUUACUGGUUUUGUGCUUCCUCCAUAUCGCUGCGGCAACCACAGCGUCUCUGGCAACAACCAAUGCAGCAAUAGCUAUGUCUUCCAACUCGUCAACAUCCACUGCCAUGACAACAAAUUCGGUGGCGGCCGCCUCUUCUCUGUUGCCAGUGGCGCCUGUAGUAGCUGCAGUGACGGGCACUGUCACAGCCAAGCCGAGCGGCAGUGGUGCACAACAGCAAUGUUCACUUUCCGAAUUCACCUGCUCGAAUACGCGCUGUGUGCCGCUCAGCAAGUACUGCAACAACAUUAACGAUUGCGGGGAUGGCAGCGAUGAGCCACGCUUUUGCACACGUUGUAAUCGUACUUACUAUGGAGACAUCGGAUUAACCUACUCCUUGGAGCUGUACCGACCCAAACAGGAUCGACUACCGUAUGUUUGUAUACUGACGUUUACUGCCGCAGGUGGCCAACAUGGCGAUGUCGUUCAGGUGACACUUGAUAGCUUUACGAUUGGACGCUUCACUUCAUAUCUGCAUGACGGCUGCCCGGAUGGGUAUAUGCAGAUCGCCGAGUCGGCUCGCACUCCCAUCGGUGGAAUGUGGUGUGGCACGUCGUGGGGACCAGUACUAUUUUACAGCGAAACCAGAUCAUUGAUUUUCACAAUCAAAUUGAAUAAGUUGGCGCGGGAUCAGAGCGGUUAUAAUUUCGACUUUCGCAUCAGAUACAAGGUUUUGUCGAAGGACAGCUCGGUAACUCGCUAUGGCGGCAUCAAGCUCGAAGAACUACGACACUGGCACAAUCGCAGCAGUUUUCAAAAUCAAAAUGCAAUCGAAGAUUUUACCAAUUCCAGUGGCGCACAUUCGGAUCGUUAUGGCCAGGACUUUAGCUUGUUCAGCGCCUAUGCAAAUAAUAAAACUUUUACGAAUUCAAUGCAACGCGCAGUUGACAGAGAUGUACACAAUUACACCGAACCCAAGUACUAUUUAGGCGAUCUAAUACCCGGCACUUAUUGUUCACGCAUUUUCAGCGAUUGCGACAGGAAGGCGUGUCGCCUACAAUCGCCCAACUUUCCAGGCAUCUAUCCACGCAAUCUCACCUGCUACUAUGCGGUGCGGCAGCAUGAAGUGCCACACGGCAAACACGCCAUGAUCCUGGUAAAACAAUCAAAAGGAAAUCUCAUCUGGAUAUCUACCCAAGACACAGGCGCUGGAAACAAAUUAGUUCCCAGUACAAGUGAAAAAGAUAAGAAAUUUGAGCCGCGCUUAAAAACAUGGAAUGAAUGCGAUAAUAUUCAGGACUACGUGACAGUCUACGAUGGCUACACCACGCGUGACCCGGUCGUAUUGAAGUUUUGCGGUGGCGGGCAGGCAGUGCCAUCAGCAGUCUCUAGUGGGCCUGAAUUGCUGGUGGAAUUUACUACUUCGCCUUUUGGUACAUUUACUGGCACAUCUUCACAAGUGUUGCCGCUCUAUGGCUUCCAAUUGGAUGUCGAGGUGAUUUUUGUGGAUAUAAUGAGUCCGACGUAUUCGAAAAAUAAAAAGCCAUGUGAAUUUUGGAUACGCGGUGCUGGACGCGGUAUACUUGAGAACCCCAAGCAUUCGCUGGCGCCUAACACCACCUGCCUUUACCACUUACAAGGUAUGGGCGUUUUUAAAACGUUCGAUCACUUAAGUUUAUCCCGCCGCACUAGCACACAAGGCAUGAAUCAGCCGCUUUCACGUUUUAAAGUAUGGAUCUCAAUGAUGAAAUUCAAUUUGUAUCCCGAAUUCGGACAGAUUGAUGAGACCUCUGUGGGCGCUAUUGGUGUAUUGCAAACGCAUGAGGAUUGUAGUGGCAUGCUACGUAUCUGGGAUGGCGCCUUGAGAGAACCACCCGCAUGUAAGGACCUCAAUUGUGCGAGCGACACACCCUCACACCCGCUAAUCUCCCAGUACAGUCACAAUUCCACAAGUGUUAUUGCGCGUUUUUGUCGUGGUACCAUACCGCGUACCUGUGAUCGUUCGAACAUCAACGAAACCUAUGCACGACCCUGUACGGUCUCUGAAAGUUAUGUCUCCAGCAGCGAUAGCAUUACAUUAGAACUUAAGAACAGUGAGUCGACGGUAUUGCGACCGCUGGAAUUCAAAUUGAAGUACGAAUUUAUCGAUCUGCAUCAGGAUGGCCUUCCGCUGGCUGGUGGUGAGAACGAUUGCAAUCGCAAAUUCGUCAGUAGUCUCAUGGACCGCAAGGAUGCAGCCAUUUUUCGCAGCGUGCGCAAUAUAUUUCUCUUCGGGCGUGGCGGUACACGUAACUUGAAAUGUAUCUACAAGUUUGAAGGUCAACGAGGCGAACGUAUACGCAUCAAAUUGCGAAAGGUGACCACAUUAAAUCGGCCGUGUAUGUCGCGCGUAGACGAGGAUAUAAAUCGCUCAUUUUGCUACGGUAACACGAACGCACGCAUUGAGAUCUUCGAACGACCCUAUCAUGACUCAAUUUUACUGCCACGCGGCUGCCUCUGCAAUUCGUCGAAUUCUUCACAUCUGCCUGUGGAAUAUACGUCCACUAGCCGUGAUCUUGAGGUGCAUUUUACUGCAAUUAAUAUGACUACGCUUGACGAUCCGGACGCCAUUAACUUUGAGGGCAUGUUUGAGUUCAUAAAAGGACCAGCGAAUUGCAAAGAUGGACGUCGAAAGUUUGGUCCUAGUGGCACCAUACAAAUGACAUUCGGUGAUAUGGAAUGCCGCACACGACCUUGGCUAAUAGAACCAUCGAAUGGCAACAAAUUCUUAUAUGUACGCCUAAAGGCAAUAUUCUUGCGUAAAUACAAUCCGAAGAAAGCGAUGAAUACUACCAUUGUGGGCACAAGCUCAUAUCGGUGCGAAACCAAAGCUCGAGUCGUGCUAACAACUUCUGAGGGUUUGACUAUCACCGCAUGCCCGCUGUCGCCUGACUCAAAAGCUUACGAAUUUGUGGAAAUUUUCAGCAGUGGCUGGAAUGAGCGACCCAUUUACUCAAUUUCGAAUCGUUCCAAAGCCAUUAGCGUCGAGUAUCUACGUCCUGAGAAUGGUGACUUUACAUUCAAUUGGAUGGAAUUGGUUCCUAGACCAGUAUUAAGUAUAGCAGAAGACUGUCAGUACAAGUGCUCCGAAUUGGGAGCUUGUGUUAACGCGAGCAUUUGGUGCGACGGCAUUGUACACUGCCCUUCCGGUGACGAUGAGACCUUCCUACAGUGUUCGGCCAUUAUGAAACUGCCUACUGAGAUAUUGGCCACUUUGUGUCUCAUUAUCGUGUUGCUGUGUUGCGCCUUUGCCGCUUUCGCAUACAAGCGUUUUAAUUUCCAUUGUAGAAAAAUCAAACGCAAAUUUCGUGGUUCAUCGGUACUACAGACACGUCUCAAAUCACUAAGUUCUAUGGAUACGGCCGUGCUCGAUGAAAAGGAGGUGAUCUGCUGACAAAGCGACAAUUCUGUGCGAUAUGUCGAAAUCGAUCGUGUGACCACAGUCUGACCACUUUCGAUGGAAACUUUAAAAAUCGUACAGAAUUGUGCCCCGGAACGAUUCAAGAUAAUACUAAGCCUGACAAAAAUUGUUCGAUUAUUCGUUUAAAUGCGAAAUGACAAAAAUUACAAAAGUAACAAAACUAAUAUGUAUGUACGUGUACGACCCGAUUCACCUGUUUUUAUGCAUUUGAAUUUUAUUCAAAAUUUCGUAUGUAAGUUUUUACCCGUAUACUAUUACAACUACAUAUAACUGUCGUCUCUAUGUAAUGAUCUCUGUAAUGUUUUGAAAAGGAAACACUCAAGAAAAGUAAAACUAUACUUUUUUACAACUAAUUUUAAGCUGCAAAUGAAGGCAGUAAUCGAAUCGAAGGAACACAAACAAACAUUUUUUUACAUUAAUGCAUAUGUGUAUGUAUAUCCUAAUCUAAUUAUAUAAUGAACAGAUGUACUAGAAAAAAUUUUGUAUGUGGGAUAAUACGUCACUGGAUAAA